AUGGCUCCUGUGUGCAGUUUCAGGCUGGCCUGCCUGUCCAGCUGGCGGGUCCAUGCGGGGCUGGUCAGCCACAGUGUGGUCAGGCCCCAUGAGGACCUGUGGUGGAGAGGGUCAUCCCCCACCCUCUACAGUGCCCGGAAUUACAACUACGACGUUGCUCUCCUACGGCUCAAUUUCUCAACCCAUGGCUGGGACACGCUGCAGGACACGGUAGUGCUGCUGCUCAGCACCCAGCUCUGCAACAGCUUCCAUGUGUAUAAUGGGGGCCCCCCGGUGCUGUGUGCCAGCUACCUGGACAGGAGGGCUGAUGCCUGCCAGGUGUGGCAGCAAGGGGGCCAAGGAGGAAGGGGGAUAUCGGGCUGUGCAGAGCCCAAGCACCCUGGGGUCUAUGCCAGAGUUGCUGAGCUUUUGGACUGGAUCCAUGACAUGGUGCGGGUGGGUGGUGGUGGGAGCAGUGCCUCCUUAGAGGAGCCCCUGGCCCUGGAGGCUCCUGGGGAGAUGGGGUCAAGGCUGGACAGUCCAGAUUAA